GGGGCCGCGGCCCGUUUAUAGCCGUGCUCCGGCCCGCUCGCGCGGACAGCGGGCCCUGCCUCUUCCCGUGCCUGCUCCGGAGCGGCUCCGCCAUGGAUCUGCAGAUCCUGGAGCAUCGCGUGCGGGUGCUGAGCCUCGCCCGCCGCGGCCUCUGGCUCUACACGCACCCGCUCCUCAAGCUGCUGCUCCUGCCCCGCCGCAGCAGGUGCAAGUUCUUCAGCUUGACAGAGACGCCCGAGGACUACACCAUUAUGCUGGAUGAAGAAGGCUUUAAAGAGUUGCUCCCGUCAGAGUUCAUGCAGGUGGUGGAUUCCACCUGGCUGGUGCUCAACGUCUUGUCCAACGGCAGGUCCUCCACCAGCUCCCAGGCCAUAGGAGUGACGAAGAUUGCCAAGUCCGUCAUUGCGCCACUGGCUGAGCACAACGUCUCGGUGCUGAUGCUGUCUACCUACCAAACGGACUUCAUCCUGGUGCGGGAGAAGGACCUGCCUGUGGUGAUCCACACACUGGCCGGCGAGUUUGAUAUCUACAAGGAGGUGAAGGGAGAGUCCAUUCCUGUUAACUGUGAUGACAUGAGCAACGGCUUCUUGAAACCCAAGCAUGCUGCAAGCCCUACCGUGCACCCUGUGCAGAGUCCCCAGAACAGGUUCUGCAUCCUGACCGUGGCUCCUGACACCCUGCCGGCCAUUGCGACCAUGCUCAUAGAUGUCCUGUUCUAUUCACACAGCCCUCCAAAGGAAGCCGCCCCAGGCAGUCAGGAUCUCGACUCCAUCAGGUUCUUCGCUUUCUCAUUGAUCGAGGGCUAUAUCUCCAUCGUCAUGGAUUCAGAGACCCAGAAGAAGUUCCCCAGUGACCUGCUGCUGACCAGCUCCUCUGGGGAGCUCUGGCGGAUGGUGAGAAUUGGCGGGCAACCACUGGGCUUCGAUGAGUGUGGGAUAGUGGCUCAGAUCGCUGAGCCUCUGGCCGAUGCAGACAUAUCUGCGUAUUACAUCAGCACCUUUAACUUCGACCAUGCCCUGGUCCCAGAGGAAGGCAUUGACAGCAUCAUCGAGCUGCUCCAGAAGCGCCAGGAGAGCGGUAGAUAGCUGGCAUGGCAGCUCCCGUGCGCUCUGACACCUGUCCGGAAAGGCGACGGGGAGCUCAACACUGAGAGCAGGGCAGAGAACACUCCAGUCUCCUGUUUCUGAUGGCUGGCUCCACAUCAGCCUCUUGUUUGUCUUCAAGUUUCUGGGUGUGGCUUGCCUGGGGCGUGGCACGGCUCCAGCUGUGGCGCGAGCCCUGGGCUCCAGCUGGAGAGUCCUUGCGUUCUCCAUGGGAGCGCCGGCUCUGACAGGCUCCCGGAGCGUCCCACUGGGGAACUGAGUGUUACCUGCCCCAGGGCUCCUUGUAUCCUCAGACCCACCCCUCAGGGAGCAGAGUCCACCAUGAACUGGUGUUGGGCAGAGGUUGCCCAUCCCUGGAUAGUAACUCUCCCGGCUUGCAGUCAAGCCUGUCGCAUUGGUUUUUUCCUUUGACUGUUUUUGUAGCCAACUACCUAGUUGCACAGAGCCUCCAGUAUUUAGUAUUUCAUUUGUGAUGCCAGGUUUAGGCAGCAGUGGGGCUCUCUCCCUAGAGGCUGGCUGGUGGGCAUCUCUGUGUAUGUGGUAAGGGAUAGGGAGUUUCUUCCCUUGACGUGUCAGGGGCAGUGGCUGGCUGCAUGAGAAGAGGUGCUCGGCAUUGGGUUGUCUAGCGGCUGAGUUGCCAAGGAAGAGGGUUGCUAUGGUACAAUCAUUCCUGACACAUGGUUAAGGGUGUGGGAGAAAUGACUUGCUUGGGAUUGUGUGGUCUUGUAGCAGUGUUAACAGCCCUGCCAGGUGCUCAAGACAGGUGCUCAGCCUCUUGGACAGUCCUGGCUUAGUACAGUAUUAAGAAUUGCAGGUAACCUAAAGCAUGUAAGAAUGGCUCCUAUUUGUAGCAUGGCCCUCCCAAGGAAGGAGGAGCAGAGAGCGUGCUGGGAAAUGUCGUCGUGUGACCCAACCCCCUCUGUGGCUGCCUAGCUGCACUCGGAUACAAUACUUUUAUUGCUUUUAUAAGCCCCCUCUCCUUAGGGCAGGGGAGCAGGGAUUGAUUGGCCCAGACGCCCAUCUGAUGGGCGGGAUGGUGUCUGUGCCAGAAUGGGGUGUGCUAGUCAGUUGAGUUUUUAGGAUUUCCAGGGUACAAGCAACUCCAGGUGGGGAAGGGAGGAUGGUGGGAAAUAUACAAAUCUCCUGGUUGUGAAGCUGAGAAUUUCCCCAGAUUGGCACAAGACAGUUGUGGAAAAAAAGCAUGUCUGCGUUGUGUGGUGGAAGUGCCUGCAUUGCAGCUGGAGUGCGCAUUGGGAUAGCUGGAGCUACCCUUGUGAUGGAUGCUGAGAGAUCCAGGAGCCUGGUGUGUUUUUUUUCACAUUCCCCUCAGAUUGGAGUAGGAAAGCCACAACAUUACCUACGGUUACAAGAGGAAUCCAGGGAGGUGGAAUUCCCUCUUUGUGUCUCCUGCACCCCUGUUUUCUGGGGCAUUGUCAUGGCAGUGGCUUUCAAGGGACCCCCUGCCGCCCCAGCCUCUGCCAAGACCUGCUGCUUCCCAGAGAUGGGGGUGGUCCUCCCAAAAGUGGUGAGGUUGUCCCUCCUGGGCGGCCAGGAAAGCUGCCUCUAGGUGAAUGAGUAGCUUGUUACCAUAUAGAUAUCUUCCUUGUUUCUGCAAGGGAGUGGCUGUUAAUCUCCAGUUCAUCGCAAGGGCACUCUUCCCCUCAAAACGCAUUCCCCUUUGAAGCACAGCUGUGCCUCUUACAUGAGGGAACAGCUGCCAGCAGUGACUGGAAGAGAUUCUCCCAGAGCCUGUUCUUGGAUUUCAACCUACCGCUCAACUUUUCUGUGAGCCUUCAAGACAGAGCAAGCUGGGUUGGCAGCAGUAGCACUUCUCAGCCAGGAUGAACACUCCCACCACGCUUAGUUUAGGAAACCCCCUGAGAAACUGCCAUGGUCCACUGCCCAGUGUCCAAGCCAGGCCUGGGCUGCUGGAAGCACUCUCUAGAUGGGGCAUCCUGUAUGCCACAGUGAAGAGUUUAGGGGUGGACUAGGCGUGAUCAGGGAGGCCAUGUGCAGGUUCUCAGAACAGCAGGGUGAUGUGAUGUAGGAUCACCUUCUGGGAAAGGGCAACUGUCCUCCGCCGGCGACUCUUGUUCAUCUGUUUAGUGUGCAUAGGAAAGGCCUCUGGCUGCUAGCCCAGUGGCUGAUUGGUUCAUCCUCAAGUGACUUUAUCCCUGUUGAGUUUCUUGCCGAUGCAGCAAGGCGCACACCAGUUUGUGCAGCAAAACCAGAUUAAGGAAAUCUUCUAGUUUUUGCAUAGUUUUUUUUAAUGUCAAUAAAUCUCCCAUUUUGAAGAACGUUUGGUGGCUGCUGCUGUGUAUCUGCCAGGUGUUGGAGGGGAAUAGCCCCUCUCAUGCGCCAAGUGUCCAGCUUUGCAGUGUCAGAGCAUAAACUUCAGGGGACACCGGCUUCCCUGAGGAGUGAGGCCCUGAAUGAGGAUGAAAGGGCACUUCACUGGUAUUGCCUAGAGACAGAUUUUUGGUCUCUGUAGUAAAGUUCUAACCCCUCCACUUUAUUGCCAAAGGGAAUGGGAACCUAGCUGUGGUGUUUCCAGCUGUAACUGAGUGGGAAGAAGGGGAAAGUAGGUAGCAGGGGUUUAGGGAAAUGGUCUUUGGGCCAGCAUCAUUAUGGAUUCUCAACACAUCAAGGAGGCAAGCUGGCCUUGGGGGCGGGGGGAGAGGCACACUGCAGCAACAGUUGCUCAGGAAUUAAACAAUCAUCUGGGUGUGGGAGCCAAAUACUGAUAAGCCAGCUCUUCCUUUCCUAGGAAAGGAGAAGGGCAGCUGUCUAACUGGUAAUCUCUCUCUAUCUCUCAGCAAAUCUGCUACAGCAAGCAACAAACGACAGGCCUGUAGUUCUUAAGAUCGUAUUACCCAAUUCCCUUGUUAGUAGGUUUCACUUCUACUGCAACUGCCCUGAGUUGCUCCUAAAGUGCUACUGGGUGCUGCAGUCUAGGGCCAGGCUAAUUCGAAAGCCCUUGUGUUAUGGUAGCACAGCCAUUUGGGAAAUUGGAAAAGCCCCAGCAUCUCCUGGUGCACGUGGUAUAGAAUAAGCAGUAGGACAUUAAAACAGAACCAGAACAUACUGGUUCUGGUGUCCUUACCAGGAGGGGAAGUCACUCUUCCUUUUAACUCCAAAAUAGCUGCUGGGUCCUGCCAGGAAUUCAUAGUGGAGCAGAGACAACUGCAGCCCCAGUGGAACAUGCUGACUGGGAUGGCAGUGGGUUCCUGGAAUGGAGGUGUGUUCCUGUAGUGAGUGUGACAAGCACAGGGCCUAGCAUAUUUUUGAACCAUCUUCAGGCAGAGAACAGCAGUUCCAUUCUGCAAAGGACUUUGGAACUUGGUGUCUAAAUUGGAGCAAACCUGAAAAUCUUAAUUCUCCAAAGGAAAAUUUAAAAAUCAUUUUGGGUCAAUUGUACCAUUUUCUUUUUGUUUUGACUGUUAUAACAUCACAAACUCUGUAUCUAAAUCUCUUUUUACUGAA